AUGGACUACAGCGACCUGGCCUCGAUGACGCUGUCAUCGCCGAUGAUCAACUACAGAAAAGACGCCAAGAAGGCCGUCAAGUUUCUGUUUAUGGUGGCGGGCGAGUCCGGCACGGGAAAGUCCACUUUUGUCAACUGCUUGUUGAACAGAAAGGUGAUGAACCAUAAAUACGAGGGAGUCGACGGUUCGGGCGAAACAAAGACAUUGGCCUACACGUCUGCUCAAAACGUCAACUUGCCAAAUGCCUCUAUCUUGGCUACCAACGAGUUUGACGCGUCGGCGGCUCAGGAAGAACCAGGUAUCGCCCUCACAGAAACCAAGGUGGAGAUUGUCGACGACGACGGCGUCCGCAUGCAGCUAAAUAUCAUCGACACGCCUGGCUUUGGCGAGAACUUGAACAACGAAAUGUGUUUUGUCGAGAUUGAGAACUUCUUGAAGCAGCAGUUCGACUUGGUGUUGGCCGAGGAAACAAGAAUCAAGAGAAACCCCCGUUUCGUCGACACCCGUGUGCACUGUCUCCUUUACUUCAUUGCGCCCACGGGCCACGGCUUGCGUGAUUUGGACAUUGCCACCAUGAAGCGCUUGUCCAAGUACGUGAACAUCAUCCCCGUCAUUGGCAGAGCCGACUCCUUCACCUUGGAGGAGAUCCAGCACUUCAAGCAGCAAAUCAAGAUUGACAUUGAGCGCUUCAACGUGCCCAUUUUCCAGUUCGACAAUUUUGUCAGCGAGUACGACGAGGACGAGGACUACGACUUGAUCCAGGAGUGCAAGUACUUGACCCGCUUGCAACCAUUCGCCAUAAUAGCCUCCGAGCAGGACUUUGAAAUCAAAGACACAAACACGGGCGAGACCAAGGUCAUCAAGGCAAGACAGUACCCAUGGGGUCUUGUCGACGUGAACAACCCUAAAUACUCUGACUUCCCCGUGUUGAAGUCGGUUCUCUUGGGCUCCCACUUGCAGGACUUGAAGGACUUGACCCACGAUUUCUUGUAUGAGACCUACAGAACUGAGAGAUUGACUGGUGUUACCGGCAAGGGCAUUGACGAGGAGGAGGACGAUACUUUCCACGACUCCACGGACGCUCCUCACGGUGUCACCAACGCCGUUCCUUCCUUGUCCAACUUGGCCAAGUUGACCGACGAAUCCGCCUUCAAGCUUGACCAGGACAAGGAUGACGAUUCUGACGACAACACGUCGCUUUUGCUGAGCCUGUCAAAGAAGCCUCGCUCGAUGCUCAUAAACGAGGAAGCCCUGGCUGAAUCGCCCAGAGUGAGAGGAAACGCGUCAUUCACAUCUUCGGUUUCGUCCGUCACCGGCGGCGACAGGGAAAGCCAGUAUAGCCACACCGACCGCUCAAACAACUCCUUCAAGAGAUUGUCGAUCGGACCUCAGCGAAGCCAAUUGAGACAAAUCUCAGAGACGGUGCCUUACGUCAUCAGACAUGAGAGAAUCUUGGAGAGGCAGCAGAAGCUUGAAGAGAUGGAGCAAGCCAGUGCGAGAGAAUUGGCCAACAGAGCUCUGACGCUAGAGCAGAGAGCUGCCGCUUUGAAGGCCAAAGAGAAGUUGCUUUUGCAAAAAUUGGAGGCUUACAAGAAGAAACAAUCUGCAUCGGAAACCACGUCGGUAAAUACCGAGGGUGCCGACACGGAAAAGGAAGAAACCCUGCAGAGCUUUGCCAUCAGAAAGGACGAAACGCUCACGGAUUUGCAUCUGCCCUCCAACCUUCUUGUUGUUGCUUACCAAGAAAUGGAUAUCACAGGACUCUUGGACUCCGCCUUCUCUGGCGCCGACGCCAACACGCGUAAUGAGGCGGAACGUCAAUUGAGUGAGUUCGCCAACUCGUCUUUUGGCGAGUAUAUGGUGUAUUUGGCGGAUGUGUUGGUCAACGAGUCGGCCAAGCCGGAGAUAAGAAUGCUUUCUGCCUUGGGAAUGAAGAAUCAGUUGACUGCCAAGGACCCCAGAACGAGAGCCCAACAGCUGGCCAGAUGGGUCCUGUUAGCCGGUGAUGCGAAGCAGAAGAUCAAAGAAAACUCCGUCAAGACCUUGCUUGGUAACGAUGAAAGAAUGACCACGUCCGUGUCGCAAUUGGUGUCGUCCAUAGCGCUUAUCGAGUUGCCCAGAAACGAAUGGCCCGAUUUGAUUCCUACCAUUAUUGAACACACAAAGGCUGAGAACUCUGUUACUGUGAAGAGAGCCUGUUUGCUCACGAUCGGCUACAUCUGCGAGAGUGCUGAUGCCAACGAUCCCCAGAUCCUCGCCCAAUCCAACGGUAUCUUAAUUGCCAUUGUCCAGGGUGUCCAAGCCAACGAGCAGUCCACAAAGGUCCGUUUGACCGCGCUUAACGCCUUGAUCAACUCCUUACAGUUUAUCCUGUCCAACUUCAGCAGAGAAGGUGAGCGUAACUUCAUCAUGCAAGUCGUCUGUGAAGCCACUCAGGCCGACGAUCUGGACCUCCAAGCCGCCGCUUUCGCCUGUCUUGCCAAGAUCGUCGCCUUGUACUACAACUACAUGUCGCUCUACAUGGAGAAGGCUCUCUACAUCUUGUCCAUGUCUGGAAUGCAAAGCGAAGACCAGAACGUUGCCUGUAUGGCUAUCGAAUUCUGGUCCACGGUGUGUGAGGAGGAGUUCGAGAUCGCUUUCAACCUUCAUGAAGGUACAGAAACACCACAGAUGAACUCAUACAAUUUUGCCCUCUACGCCACCAAGGAUGUCUUGCCUGUCUUGUUGAAGCUUUUGAAGAACCAAAACGAGGACCCUGAAGACGACGACUGGUCGGUGGCCAUGGCUGCCGGUUCCUGUUUGCAGCUCUUCGCCCAGACCACAGGAAUGUACGUUGUGGAUCCAACAUUGCAGUUCUUCGCAGCCAACAUCGGCCUGACCGAAUGGAGAGAUCGUGAGGCCGCCAUCAUGGCCUUUGGUUCCAUUUUGGAAGGCCCAGAAGUCGAACACCUCAAGCCGGCUAUUCAGGAGGCUAUCAAGCCAAUUUUGAACUUGAUUGGCGACCCAGUCUUGCAAGUGAAGGAGACUUCGGCUUGGUGCUUGGGUAAGAUCGCCGAAAUUGCUCUCGGUGCUCUUGAUCUUCAGAAUGACUUGCAGCCGCUCCUUGAGGGUAUGUUGCAUGGCUUGAAAGACCACCCUAAGGUAUCUGUCAACUGUUGUUGGACCUUGAUCAACAUCUUGGAGCAGCUCUGCAAAGAGGCUAACGAACAGCAGACCAGUGUCAUGUCCGUCUACUACGAAACCUUUGUUCCUGCUUUGGUUCAAUUGACCGACAAGUCUGACAAUGACUUCAACUCAAGAGCUUCUGCUUACGAGGCCUUGUCUGCAUUCGUCAGCUACAGUGCAUUCGACACCAUGCCAAUCAUUCAUAGCAUCGCUUCUGAGGUGUUGAGCAGGCUAGAGGCCACCAUCACCAUGCAACAGCAAGCCACAUCUGCUGACGCUCGCUCACAGUUGGAAGAGUUGCAAAUCAACAUCUUGUCAUUACUCACCAACAUCAUUAGAAGACUCAGCAACGAAGUGUUGAGCGCGGCUGACAAUUUGAUGACUCUUUUGAUCAAGUUGUUGGAGGCUCAGGAACCUAACGCAUUGAUCGAAGAGGACAUCUUCCUCGCCAUUUCUGCUGUUGCAUCGGCUGUGGGUCCAGAAUUCAUGAAGUACAUGGACUCGUUCUUGCCAUACUUGACCAAGGCCUUGCACAACGUCGAGUCCCCAACCUGUAACACUGCUGUGGGUCUUGUGGCUGACUUGGCUCAGUCCUUGGGACCACAGAUCAGCAACUACUUGGACGGCUUGAUGGACAUCUUGGGCAGAAACUUGAACAACGAUAAUGCCAAGCGCGAUCUCAAGCCCGCCAUCUUGUCUUGUUUUGGUGACAUUGCUGGUGUUGUCGAAGAAGGAUUCAUGCCUUACAUGGACGUUGUUGCAAACAUCUGUACACAGCUUUCCACUGUUGUGCCCGAAGACAGCCUGUUUGAAACGUUGGACUACGUCAACUCGUUGAAGGAGGCUGUCUUGGACUGCUACGUCGGUAUCGUAAGCAGUUUGAACCAGAAGCCCGAGUUGCUCUUCAGCUAUCUUGGGCAUAUCUUCCAGUUGAUUGAGCAAAUUGCUGCCGACAUCGAGUUACUGAACAUCGAAAAUACUGCCCGUUCAGCCGUGGGCUUAUUGGGAGACAUUGCAGCGAUGUAUCCAGACGGACAGUUGCGCAGCAUGUACUCCCAAGACUGGGUUACGCAAUUCAUCAAGAAGACCCGUGCCAACCUCAGCUUCUCGCAGCUGACGAAGGACGCCGCCAGAUGGGCCAGAGACAGACAGAAAAGGCAAAUCGCCUAA